UAACUACAACAUUCUCAACUUGAAAAACCACUCUCACAACGUAAUGGUUUGCUUCUGUUUUCUGGUUGAUCAGACGAGGAAGGUGAGGAGGAGCAAACCGGCGGCCGGAAUCUGCUCGAGGUGCGGUGGUGGAGCUUCCGUCGCCGAGAUGAAGACCGCCACCAGGUUCUGCUACGUGCCCUUUUACUGGAAGUCGUGGAGAGCUAUUAUGUGUACUUUUUGUGGAGCAAUUAUUAGGUCUUAUGGUUAACUACUUUGGGACGAUCAGAUCGGAGUCCGAUUUGGUUCUCUGUUUUCGACUAGGUUGUGAGUCGUGUGACUCGGGCGUUGCUAUAUUGUGGUUGUAAUACUAAUAAAAAAUGUAUUGCUUCAAUUUUUGUAACCUUCUUGGGCUAAUUUGAUGUAAAGAUAUGCUAAUUGCUACA